AUGAAAGUGUUUGUUGCCGCCGACUUUGCGGGCAAGUUCGUAUCCAUACAGACCAUAAGCCGCCAUCUUCUGGUUGGCAUCGAGCCGGUCACAUGCAACAACUACAUCAACAAGCAGAAGCGGCGGGAGUUUGGAGCUAACUGUAAGCUCAAGCAGCAUCAGCAAGACGGUGACUUUAUCGUGUAUUACGAUGAAAUGAACUACAAUCUCUACUGCAAGCGCAGCCGCGGACGUUUCAAAUGGGGAACUCGAGCGUCGACAGUCCUGCCGCCAUCGAAGGGGCCGAAUAUGCAAGUCCAGUGCGCUGUUUCUGCCGAGCUUGGUCUUGUCUGCUAUCGUCUGGAACGAGGCGUCAUCAAGAUGGACAAAAACUCAGCCUAUGUCGAGACGAUCUACGAGUGCUGGAUGGCAAGAACACUUCGCGGGAAAGCGCGUUUUCAUCGUUGCGAUGGCAUGAUGCUUUUGCGCCUUGGGUCGUAUUCCCCUAUGCUGAAUCCCAUUGAGAGUUGUUUCAGCGUCCUCAAGUCUCGCAUCAAGGGUUAUCUGGCGCACCACACGGCCCUCAUGUUUGAGCGAGGAGAGUACCGCACCUUCCUUGAGCACCGAAUGGUCCUACACGAGGACGUCGCUCACGAAUCCAUGCCGUGCAUCACACAAUCGUUGGUGAUUCUUGAGGCGUUGUUUUCCCAAGAGAACGUCGAUUCGCAUUUAAUGCGUAAAUCCACUUAA